AUGCAGCUGGAGGUGUCAGACCUGUCCGAUUCUGAUGACGACCAACCCAUUGCGAGAAGGAGGCAACCAACCGACUCAGACACAGAGGAGGACGUCCCCGUUUGGAAUAACAACCUGAGGCAUAUGCAUAUUGAGGAUUUCCUGGAUUGGGUGCAAUUUGUGGAGAAUUUUUUUGAUUGUAUGAAUAUAGCAGAGGAGAAAAAGGUUAAGUUAGUGGCUUACAAAUUGAAGGGUGGAGCCUCUGCCUGGUGGGAGCAAUUACAACAGAACCGUCACCGCGAAGGAAAACGACCUGUGCAGACCUGGCCAAAGAUGAAGCAACAGUUGAGAGCCCGGUUCUUACCCACUGACUAUGAACAGCUCCUAUACCAACAUGAGGCUGUGAACCUAGCCUACAAGGUGGAAGGGCAGUUGCAACGUCCUUCCCUCCGUGCACCGUAUCCCCGCAACAAUGACUCCACAUCCAGGAACACUUCCAGCGUCACAGGCGCACGUAGCCCGCAAGUCAGCAAGCCUACCCCAAAUGCUCCUGAAGCCUCUCGAGCAACCGAAAAGCUGCCUUCAAUCCAAAACAAACCCAACCCGUAUGCUCAACCAUUCUUAGGUAGGUGUCUUCGUUGCCGAUACUUGGGUGGACUUCGUGACCAAUUUCAAGAUCAGCUAGUGCUACGGACAAUUUGGACCUUGAGUGAGGCUGUGAACCUAGCCUACAAGGUGGAAGGGCAGUUGCAACGUCCUUCCCUCCGUGCACCGUAUCCCUGCAACAAUGACUCCACAUCCAGGAACACUUCCAGCGUCAUAGGCGCACGUAGCCCGCAAGUCAGCAAGCCUACCCCGGAUGCUCCUGAAGCCUCUCGAGCAGCCGAAAAACUGCCUUCAAUCCAAAACAAACCCAACCCGUGUGCUCGACCAUUCUUAGGUAGGUGUCUUCGUUGUAACCAACCUGGGCAUAAGUCUAAUGAAUGCCCACAACAUCGUCAGGUGAAUUUGGUUGGUGAUGGUGGGGAAGAGGACUAUGAUGCAUGUGGGGUGGAAGAAGGGGAACGGGAUGAAACUGAAUUAGUUGAACGGGGUGAAGGUGAGCGAGUCUCCUACGUUAUUCAGAAGUUGCUAUUAGCACCUCGGCAAGUCACCCCGACUCAACGCCAUGCCAUUUUCAAAACUCGGUGCACCGUGAAUGACAAGGUGUGCGACGUCAUUAUAGACAGCGGAAGGAAACACUACAAAGAUGAGGUGAGCUGCGAUGUUGUUGAUAUGGACGCAUGCCAUGUUUUACUCGGCAGACCUUGGCAGUUUGAUCGCUCCGUUCAACAUAAGGGGCGUGAGAAUGUGUACCAGUUCUUGUGGCACGGCCGGAAAAUUGGACUACUGCCCCUCACUACCCAUGGCAGUUCUUCAUCCGAACUACCUUCCACACCAGGUUUACUAUUAACGCUGCCCGGUAAACAAUUCCAGCGCGAGAUUGUUGAUCAACCCUUCCUUGUUGCUCUCAUGAUCAAGGAGCAAAACCUUGAAGUAAAUCCACCUCCUCCAGUCGUGCAACAACUCCUUAGUCAAUUCCCAGACCUGACUUCACAAGAACUUUCAUAUCAACUACCCCCGUUGCGGUAUGUUCAACACCGCAUUGAUUUCGUUCCAGGAGCUAGUCUACCCAAUCUUCCACAUUACAAGAUGUGUCCGUGUGAACAUGAUAUUUUGCAGCAGCAGGUGGAUGAGCUUCUCCGGAAAAAAUUGAUUCGCAUCAUUCUAAGUCCUUCUAAUGUGCCUGUCAUACUAGUACCAAAGAAAGAUGGCACUUGGUGUAUGUGUGUCGAUAGUCGAGCAAUCAACAAGAUAACGGUUAAAUACCAUUUCCCCAUCCCUCGCUUGGAAGAUUUGUUGGAUAAGUUGGAGGGUGCUUCGAUUUUCUCCAAACUAGACCUUCGAAGUGGCUACCACCAAAUUCGGAUUCAAGAGGGCGACGAGUGGAAAACAGCCUUCAAGACUCGUGAAGGUCUCUAUGAAUGGCUUGUUAUGCCUUUUAGGCUUAGCAAUGCCCCGAGUACCUUUAUGCGCCUUAUGAACGAGGUGCUCCGCCCUUUUAUUGGACGGUUUGUUGUCGUUUACUUCGAUGACAUCUUAGUUUUUAGCCGGAGCUCCGAAGAUCACCUUGACCACCUUCACCAAGUUCUAGCCACUUUGCAAGAUCACAAACUAUAUUUGAAUUUGAAGAAGUGUGUUUUCUUGCAAAGCCAGCUAGUCUUCCUUGGGUUCCUUAUCAGUACGGACGACAUAAGCAUGGAUGAAGCUAAGUUAGCCAUAAUUCGCGAUUGGCCAGCGCCCAAAACGGUUCAUAAGGUCUGA